UAGGGUGAUAGUGGUUCCGGAUUAAUGUUCAAGACUGGAAAUGGGAUAUGGAAUGUUGCUGGAGUUGCUUCAGCCGGAACAGAUUGCCGAAUUAUUAACAUAGCAAAUAACAUGAAAAAUGUAGAGAAUGAGCUAAUCAACGAUAUCAGCUUGGAUGGAAGUAUUUUCAUUGAUAUGCGAGCACACAAUCAGUUCAUUUGCCAAUAUACUGGGCUAUGUUUUGAUGAACAAUCCAAAAUUCAACCGAAAAUUAAGGCUAUAUUACUUUGA